AACUAUCUAAAAAUACAUUAAAAUUUCUUCGAGAACAAUUAUUUUAUCCUUUUUUUUUAUUUUUCAAUUGUUUUUGUUUUUUUAGUGAUGAGAAACUAAACUUAAUGAAAAACUACUGUUUAUAAGCCUAUAUCAGUAUCACACACUUUGUGGCCCUUUUUAAUUAAGAUUUAUAUAAGAAAAUCGCUUCGAACAUAAAUAGUGAUAAUGAAACAUUACAUCAUGUUUACCUUUAUUACAAUCCUCUUUAUAUGUGCGAAAGAUUAAGUCAUUAAGAAUUGUAUAGUUAUCGAAAUAGCAAUAAUUAGUAGGAUCGUGUUCUAGCACAUGCAAAUGGAGUGGUUCAAAUUUUCGAUUGAAAUACGAAACUAUUAGUCCUUCUAUUUCAUAACAAGUAUCAUUUUUUAUCAUUUUCCUCUUGUUACAAAAAAAAAUGUCGCUUUACAAUUCUAAUAUAAAUUAUAUUUACUUUCAGUUAAAAAUUAAUUAAAAACUGCAUUGAUUUUAUAAAAAAAAAUUAUUUAUUUCAAAUACUAUUGUCUAAAAAGUAUACUUACAUAUAUUUUCGCCAAUUUCUUAAGCUGUAUAUAAAAAAUCAAAGUGACACUUAUUUAAAAACAUAUAGAAUAUAUAUAUUUAGAAAAAAGAAACGAAACUGUUAUAUGAAGUGAUGAUAUAUAUAAGGCACUUCACUAAUAUAUUGUUUCUACAACUUUGUAAUUUGUAUUAAUAUUAUAAGAUUUUAAAGUUGUUUUAAUUUAUUAUUAUCUUACAAUUUCUCUUCUUCUACCAAUUCUUAUAUGUCUUGAUAUAUUUUACUCAGUUUAUUAAAAGUCUUAAAUACUACACAUUAUUUUUAUGGACUUGACUUACAAAAGUCAACCAAGAUAUAUUUUUGCUUUUGACUAAAGUACCUGAAAUAUCAUAUGCGUGUGUGAUACGGUAAAGUUUCAGUAAACUUUUAUUUCUCCACAAGCUGAUACAUAGCCGCAACUUCAACAGGGCUCAAACUUAAUAAAUUUGUAACAAUCUUUAAUUUCUGAACACGUUAUGAGUAAUCAAAUAUAUAUUACUAAAACUGGAAUAUUUUUGAUAUUGUUUUAAAACAUGAAUAAAUGAAAAUUGUUAUGAAAUAUAAAUAGCAGUAUUUUUAUUAUUUCUUUUUAUUUACACAUUUAAUCAUUGCAUUUACAAUAAAUUAAAUAUUUUUUGUACUUUUUUAUUUAUGGAUUAUGCCACUGUGUUUAAAAUUAAUUUAAAGUAACUAAUUAAAUUUCUGAAGUUUAUCAAACCAAAUUGAUAUUCAUAUAUUAACCAUUUUUAAUAUUAUGUGAAUAUUACUUAAAUCGUCUGUAUUAAAUAAGUAUAACAUUUAUCCUAUAUUACAUCAAAUUACAUUAAAUUAUAAAUUUUAUAAUAAAAUAUUAUAUUCUACUAUAUAUGUAAACUACAAAACAUAAAAAAAUAUAUAUGAAUUUUUUUUAUAAAGCUAGCAUUUUAUAAGUUUACAUUGAAUAUAAGUUAAAUCAAAUAUCCGUGGGGAAGCGCUCAUCAAAUCAAAAUCAAGUUCUAGUAUUUUAUUAGAAUGUGAAACCUACAACGAUCAAGUUGUGAGAGUAGCCUUGAGUCCUCUUGACCCUUGGACCACGAAAUUAAUAUGUUGUUUUUCCUAUAUAAAUAUUCCGGUCCUCAACUACUUGCCUGUUUUCAUUUGAAUCGGCACGAUUACAUGAUAACACCACUAAUGUUGCAUUAUCACUCAAUACUAAAUAUUACUACUAUUUCAUAAUAACGCCAGUUGUGUUUUUCUGUGCACUUGUUUUGAAGCCGAGUGUGUUUAACAAAAAUUAAUUACAUAUAAUAAUCCAUCAGUCUAUUAAUUAACUAAUUGUGGACAAAAAUAAUAACUUGAUAAAAAAAACAAUAAUAAUAGAAAUAAAAUAACAGCGUAGACAUUGUCUUCCGUUGAAUCUUCUUCUUCCUCUGUUGUGGUCUGGUCUUAUUAAAGAGAGAGAGAGAAAGCAAAAACAAAUAUCAGUCCCAAAAACACAAACGAAGAUAAGGCAAUUUUUGAAGAGAGAGAGAAGACUUUCCUGGAAAGUUUAGUGUUCCCCCAAGAAAGUCUGAAUAUUUCAAUCAGAGUUAAGGCAGCUCUCGAGCUAUCUUCAAAGUGGGCCUUAAGCUUAUCUGAGAGAUGGGAGAGUUUGAGUUAGAUAGAGAAGAGAAGUUGAUUACUGCCGCGAACUAUCUCGUUCAUGAACUUAGAUCUGGCAAGAGCCUCACUAGAAACGCUAAGAAGGCUUUAGAGAGUCUCUCAUCAGAGCUGUCUCGUGUAGUGGUGGUGAACUCUGAGGAUGAUAAUAGAUACGAGGAAGAUGAGAUCAAGACACGACUCAACGCUGUCUGCGAGAAGAUCAUGACUCGCGAGGUCGACGAAACCAUGAUCUGGGACUUGGGUUCAGAAGCAGGGAACGAGUUUCUAGACGCUGUGAACGAGCUGAGAGUGUUGAUAGACGGAGGAACAACAGAGGAGGUCUCUCUGAGGAAAGCUCACGACGUUCUCCAAACGGCAAUGGCCAGGCUUGAGGACGAGUUCAAGCAUCUUCUCUCGGAGAACAAGUUACCAUUCGAGCUCGAACACGCUUCCUUUAGGUCUGAUCAUUGCAUUGAAGAAGGCUCUUUCGGUGCUGCUUCCACUGAGGAUUUAAUCAUAGGAAGCAGCAGGAGAAACUCAGAGGAGAUAGUAAUCGAUUUGGUUAGACCUGAGGUUAUAUCAGAUCUCAAGAACAUUGCCAGCACCAUGGUUGCUUCGGGGUACGACCGGGAGUGUCUCCAGGUGUGUACAACGGUUAGAAAAGAGGCUCUUGAUGAGUUUCUUUACCACCACGAGGUCGAGAAGCUGAGCAUUGAAGAUGUGUUGAAGAUGGAUUGGGCUACGUUGAAUACAAACAUCAAGAAAUGGGUUCGGGUGAUGAGAAGCAUCGUGCAGGUGUACUUAGUUAGCGAGAAGUCUCUGAACGAUCAGAUCUUCGGGGAGGAAGAGGAGGAGGAGGAGUCUGUAACGUGUUUUGUCGAUACAGUGAAGGCUCCUGUGAUGCAGCUGCUUAACUUCGGUGAGGCCGUGUCUCUCGGGCCGCGACAGCCCGAGAAACUCCUCAGGAUUCUUGAAAUGUAUGAGCUGGCUUCCGAGCUAUUACCUGAGAUUGAUGUACUCUUCUCAGGUAAUCAGCUCGGCUCCUCCGUGAGGGGAGAGUACAGAGAAGUGAUGAGGAGGCUCGGGGAAUGCGCGAGAGCGACGUUCCUCGAGUUCAAAAGCGCUAUUGCCUCUGAUGUUUCCUCUCAUCCUUUCCCUGGAGGAGCGGUCCACCCGCUUACUAACUACGUUAUGAACUACCUCAUGGCGUUGACGGACUUUAGUCAGACGCUAGACUCGCUUCUCAUGGAGCAUGAUGAUGUGGAGGAUCUCUCAAUACCACCGUCGCCGGAUGUUAUUAGUCCGGCGAUGGUGGUUGAAGAAGAGUCUGCUUACGAGAACUCUUCUUCGCCGGAGAAGUUUUUGGCCAUGACUAAGCAUUUCUACUCUAUUACAUCUGUUCUUGAAGCUAAUCUUGAAGAGAAAGCGAAGCUGUACAGAGAUGUGUCUCUGAGGCACAUCUUUCUCUUGAACAACAUACAUUACAUGACAAGGAAAGUGCUUAAGUCCGAGCUGAAGCAUAUCUUUGGCGACAAGUGGAACAGAAAGCAUACGUGGAAGUUUCAGCAGCAAGCGACGGAGUACGAACGCUCCACCUGGCUUCCUGUCCUGUCUUUCCUCAAGGAUGAUACUUCAGGUUCUGGCUCUGGUUCAGGUUCAAGAAGCUUGCGGCCGAGGGAGAGGUUUCAAGGAUUCAACACUGCGUUUGAGGAAGUGUACAAGGCGCAGACCGGGUGGCUGAUCUCGGACGAGAGGCUGAGAGAAGAUGUGAGGACGAAGGCGUCCAUGUGGGUGAUUCAAGCGUACUGGACGUUUUACAGUAGACACAAGAACAAUGUGAGUGAGAGGUAUAUCAAGUACAGUACUGAUGAUCUUGAGAAGCUCUUGUUGGAUCUCUUUGCUGGUUCUUCUAAAUCCUUGAACAAUUCUUACAGAAGAUGAAGUGAAUCAGAUGAUUGAACUUUAUGUUAUUGGUAUACACAUGUUUGUAUUGAAUUUAUUUGACCUUUGUAAUAUUUAUAUUCAUCAUUUCAUGAA